AUGCUUCUACAUUUAGUUAGUGCUCUUACACUUCUGUUAGCUUCUGAAGAUCUCGUUUGUCACCCGUUCCUAGACGAAUUUUCGACGCUACGUUUCUGUACCACUGCGGAUCUUCAAUAUAUUGAACUGGCUGUAACGGAAGAGUACCGAAGAAAUGUGCAAGCUGUGAAGGAGACGAAGACUGUCUCCUAUGGUCCCUUAGUACUUAAUAUGAAGUCACCUCUGAAUGAUGCUAUUGCCACUGGUAAUGUAGUUCUCCCUUACCACCUUGCACAUGCGACGACAUAUGAUUUUGCACGGUUUGAGCCACCGAAGCGACUCCGACGUCAUCAAGCAUAA